AUGGACGUGGACGAGCUGAGCGCGGACAUCACGAAGGCUUUCGACGAAUUACGACACAUCGAUGACUCAAUUUCAGCACUAUCGACCAGAGGUGACAGACUGGGUGGUAUUCGAAGACGGAUUUCGGAUGGGGGAGUGGUGCCGCGGGGCGACUCUUUUCAUCCGGCGGAGAGAAGAGAUGUACGUUUGCUGAAUAGCGCAGGAUUACUGGGCUCAUCAAAUAAACGUCGGAUGGUGAUUUCGGCCGAUAAUGACUUCUACGAAGGUUCAGCUGAGAAGCGGGCUCGAGGUGACGAUAACGAAGAGGAAACUCGCCGCACAGUUCAGUCGUCAAUUGUGAUGCCUACGAUUGAGACGAAAUCUCGUGAAGCAGCCAUCACUGAGUUAAAGGAAUCCGAAAAGAAGGAGAUCAACGUUCGCAAUCGUCGUAUGUUCUCGAACCUUCUGCUUGGUACCUUGCAGAGAUUCCAAAAAGAUGAGCGCAAAAUUUUAUCAGUUGAAAAAGUGCAGGCAGAGAAGCAAAAAGAAGUUGAACGACGUCUGAGGGCCACAGAGAAUGAGGAGAAGGAACGCCUGGCAAAGGAACGAUACGAAUUGUUCGAGAAACGUCGUGAAAAAGAACGUCUUAUCAAGUCGCUGCAAAGGAAGAAGGCUAUCAUACAAUACGCAGAACAAAAGCAAGAGCACUAUCGCAAAUUACAGAACUUCAUUCAAACACAUGCCAAACCACCACUGUUCUAUUUGCCCGCUAAACACACUCUCAUCACGCUCGAACUGUUGAAAACAUCUGCAAAAAAGAUUGACGAUUUAAUCGAGCGUCGUCGUCAACAGAUGGAGACUGAACUAAAAUCCCCAGAAGAACGAGCGCGUGAUGCAGAAGCAGGCGCUGAUGGAGUGGGGUCAGAUGGUGAAGCAGCUGAACCAUCGGUGAAGAGUUGUGCGGAUAAAGCGAAUGCAUCAUCACAAGAGAAUGGUGAUGUUGAUAUGGAGAAUGAUAAGAAUCAUGAAGGUGGUGAGAGUGAGGUGGAUGAGCAUUCAGACGUCGAAGCUGAUCAAGGGAGCACCAAAGAGGGACAUGACGAUCAAGAGGGCAGUGAUCAGCAGCGACAUUCAGAUCAUGAUGGGCACAGCUCAGAGGCUCACGAGAAUGAUGGCAGUGAUGAAGAUGUAAUGGCAGGUAAGAAGAGCCCUUUAGAAAAGGAACAUGACUGA